ACUUCUAACCAUGCCAGUACGAUACUCAAAGAAGUCACUAGAUGGAGCAUAGCAUUCAUGAGGAAUUUAAAAUCCCUUGGAGACAAGCGCUGGAGAAUAAAUCCUGUAGUCGAGCUGUACACAAGCUUAACUUUUCUGCCUCUUUGUUUCUACAUACAGAUCUCGAGCUCUCACUCCAGUCCGUCUCUGUGUGAAAUCAGACCUUCUGCUAGAAUGAGGAACCUGGCGGCUCUGCUGUUUCUGCUGUCGCUCUGCUCUCUUCAUCUGGUGUCUAGCGCUCCCAACGCUUUUGAUUACAAAAAUCAUUGCUGUUCAGGAAAAACUGAUGUGAGGAUCCCUAAAUUGAACAUCAAGAACUACUGGUGGACCAGCAGAAACUGCAGCAUAAAAGCCAUUGUCUUUGAGACUAAAUUCAACAGGACAAUCUGUGUGGAUCCCAACGCUGUUUGGGUCAGCGGUCACAUGAAGGUCGUGGAUGAUAGAAAAACCUCAGUAUCAAAACCCUGAAGCUCAGCAUUAGACGGCAAUUCAACAAAGAAAACUGUUUAACUUAGAGAAUUUAUUUAAUUUACUGUAAAAAUGUUGUAAUUCCUGUUUCAAUUUCUGAAAUAAAAAGCCAUUUGUAAUUAUUGACUCAUACGAUCAGCAGCAUGGAUUCUACUGACAUGUUCUGACCUCUGAGCGUUAAUGUGUCAGCGCCACCUGGUGUGUGUAAGAGAUCUGUGGUUCCAAUUAAUGAAACAGUAAAAAAAAUAAAUAAAUACCUCCACAGCACAGAUUUAUUUUAUGAACAUAAUCCAACUAUUCAAAUAGUAGCCUCAUUAUUUAAAUGUGUACAACAUUUUUGGCUAUUUAUUGGGGCCAUGGAGUUUUAUUAUUCCUGAACUUUCCAUCAACUGAAGUCCAAGAUUGACUUCCAGACUGAGAAGAAGAAGGCAAAUCCUGACUUAUUUAUCCUAUUACAGUUAAAAGCUACAGCUGGAUUUUGCAUAAAAAUCAUGGAGUUUGUCCUUUCUCUGAUAAAUAUACAGUAUACAUGAUAUACACUAUAAGGCCAAAAGUAUGUGCACACCUGACCAUCACACCCUUAUGCAGGUCUUCCCCAGACUGUUGCCACAAAGUUGGCACCACACAAUUGUAUAGGAUGUCUCUGUAUACUGUAGCAUUACAAUUUUCCCUUCACUGGAACUAAGAGGACCAAACCUGUUCCAGCAUGACAAUGCAACCUGUUCCUGUGCACAAAGCAAGUUCCAUGAAGACAUAGUGUGUUAAGCUUGGAGUGGAAGAACUCGAGUGUCCUGCACAGAACCCUGACCUCAACCCCACUGAACACCUUUGGGAUGAACUGGAACACCGACUGAACCCCAGACCUCCUCACCAACAUCAGCGCCUGAUCUCACUAAUGCUCUUGUAGCUGAAUGAACACAAAUCCCCACAGCCACGCUCCAAAAUCUAGUGGAAAGCCUUCCCAGAAGAGUGGAUGUUAUUACAACAGCAAAGGGAGAAUAAAUCUGAAAUGCGAUGUUCAAAAAGCAAAUAUGAAUGUGACGGUCAGGUGUCUGCAAACUUUUGGCCAUAAAGUGUAAUAUUUGAUAUGGUUUCAUGAGAGCAUUACUAUUAUUGAAUAUUUGCAUGUAACUGUAAUGAUUUUUUCCCUCCUCUCUCUUUGGAGAAUCAUUGAGACAUUCAGCCUCAUCUAUCAAACUGGAUACAAACAGAUUUAUUCAUAAACUCAAUGUUCAUAAGAAAUCCUGUAAUUUCAGAAAAAUAAAAUUUGUAUCCUACUCGUGCUCUA